GGCGGCCGCCGCCCGCGGGCAGCGCAGGAGCCGCGGCCAUGCCCGCCCCUGCCCGUGCCCCGGCCCCCGCCGCGCCCCGCCGCCUGGCCGCAGCCGCCCCCGCCGGCAAGGCCAAGCUCACGCACCCCGGCAAGGCCAUCCUGGCAGGUGGCCUGGCUGGAGGGAUUGAGAUCUGCAUCACAUUCCCCACCGAGUAUGUGAAGACACAGCUGCAGCUGGACGAGAAGGCAAACCCUCCCCGCUACAAGGGCAUCGGGGACUGCGUGAAGCAGACUGUCCGUGACCAUGGCAUCCGGGGGCUGUACCGGGGGCUCAGCUCGCUGGUGUAUGGCUCCAUCCCCAAGGCCGCCGUCAGGUUUGGGAUGUUCGAGUUCCUCAGCAACCAGAUGAGAGAUGAGCAGGGACGGCUGGACAGCACAAGGGGCCUCAUCUGUGGGCUGGGUGCCGGCGUGGCUGAAGCUGUGGUAGUGGUUUGCCCCAUGGAGACCAUAAAGGUGAAGUUUAUCCACGACCAGACAUCCGCCGCGCCUAAGUACCGGGGCUUCUUCCAUGGCGUCCGGGAGAUCGUUCGGGAGCAGGGACUGAAGGGGACCUACCAAGGCUUAACUGCAACUAUUCUCAAGCAAGGAUCGAACCAGGCCAUCCGCUUCUUUGUCAUGACCUCCCUCAAGAACUGGUACAAAGGGGACAAUCCCAACAAGGUCAUCAACCCCUUCGUGACGGGGGUGUUCGGAGCCAUCGCGGGAGCCGCGAGCGUCUUUGGCAACACACCUUUGGAUGUGGUGAAGACCAGGAUGCAGGGGCUGGAAGCACACAAGUACAAGAGCACCUGGGACUGUGCCUACCAGAUCAUGAAAUAUGAAGGACCUCUGGCGUUUUACAAGGGCACCGUGCCUCGCCUGGGCCGUGUCUGCCUCGACGUGGCCAUCGUCUUUGUCAUCUAUGAUGAGGUGGUCAAGUUCCUCAACAAGGUGUGGAAAACAGACUGAGGGGGUCAGGCUGGGGCGGCCCUCAUGCCCCUCGUCACAUGGGGCUGCAGCUGGACAGCUGUGACCAAGCCCGCAACUGCCUGCCCGCACUGUCCAGGGCCAAGUCUGCCCCGUGCACAUGCCUUCCCCCCCAAAUCCAGCCACCUUUAUGUUUAGGAACAGACUCUGGAGCAAGUUAAAUUAUUAGUUCCCUGCUAAAAGAAGCAGAGAGGGAGCAGCACCCCAGCAUCAGAACCCCAGCAUCCUGGUUAUGCCUGCCCUGAUCCUAUGGUGACACUUCCCCUUGGUCCCCCAUCACUUGUGGCUGCUGGUUAUCUAGGGCAAGGUGUCUCCUGGGACAGGGGCCCUGUGCCCCAGUUGCCAGCUGUCUGGGGACCAGCUCUUUUUGGGGAUGCUGAGAGGCCCCAGGAGCCAUGUGGAUGCAAUGGCCAAGCUGUACACCAGGCAUCGCAGCUGGCAGAGGCUCUUGGGGCUGACACUGCCGGCUAUGAGCGAUGCACCAGGUCUCACAGCAGCUCCAGGGGGGCCCACGAGCCCUGUACCUCCCAGCAUGGCACAGCAGUGACCUGCUGGCAUGGCCCUGGUUCCAUGUUCUCUUAUCCCUCCUCUCUGCCAGGACCAAGACCCUCCAGGGUUCAGCAUCCUGGCACCCAGGCUGCUGAGCACGUGCUGCCCCAAAUUGCACAUACAGCCAGGCCUUUAGUUGUUCUCCCUACAGGGCUGGGAUCGGGGUGAGCCAGGUGCCCCCAUCACUUGCUGUUUACAGUUGAGAUGCGGGUGCAAGCCGGGGUGAGGAGGCAUAGCCCCGUGCCACAGACUUGGCCCCUCGGCCAGGGGUGCAAACCCCUAUCUUCUGCCACAUUCCCCCCAUCUACCCUCCUGUCACCUCUCCAUGGCCUCUUAGGUAAUCCCAUAGCUUUCGGAGCUUCAAGCUGACCCACUAACACCCAUGGCUGUGGGGCUGCUGCCCCAUCAGACUUGUGCCAAACUUCUCCCAAAGGAGCCCAGGAGGGUGUGAGAGCCAGGGCUGGACCUGUCUCUCUUCUCUCCUGUGGCCAGUGAUGAAUGCAGCCUUAACACAAGGGGCCAAGGGCAGAGAAGGAAAGCCCAGGUGCAGUUUACCUGCAGCUUUCUGGUCUGUAGCCAGGGAGGGUUGGGGUUUUUUUUAUCGUUAUUCCGGUUUACAUUCACAAUUUGAAUAAAAUCAGUCUGGCUUUGGCA